UAAAUUCCAUUGAUUAAGUAGUAAGUUAUCCAGUAGUUAGGUUUGGUUUUACGAAUAUCCAACUUCAUCAAAAGUUCAAGUGACAAAGGAAAGCUGAUGCAAGUGCUGAGUGAAGUGCUUAGUUUUUGAUGAGUAAGGAUAUGGAUAGUCGAAUGAACUGUUUAGAACAUGAGACAGAGUCAUAGUGAGGCUGUUCCGGUGUUCAUUGCCUUGAGAUGUUCGUUCCUGUUAUGCUGGUAAUAGUAACGUUCACAUCAAUAUGUAACGGAGCCAACAUCUUAGCUCUACUUCCUGUCAACUGUCGUAGCCAUUUCUUGGUAAUGGAACCUCUACUUCUGGAACUCCAUCAGAGAGGCCACCGUCUCACCGUAGUAUCCAGCUUCCCUCAGAAAACAACGAUGGAAAAUUACACGGACAUCGACUUUUCUCCUCAAAUUCCACCGCUUAUUAGUGUUUUCACUCCAGAAGUUCUGAGAGAGAAAACCUCAAACGUUAUAAAAUCCGCCUUAUUUAUUACUGAAAUUCACAUGACUAUUUGUGAACAGUUAAUUAGGCAUGAAAAAGUUAUUAACCUUUUGAAUGAAACCUUUGACCUUAUUAUAGGAGAAAUAUUUGGUUCUGAUUGCUUAAACUACAUAGCUUACAAGCUGAAAGCUCCCUUCAUCAGUUGGGUUGUCAGCACAUCUUCCCCUUGGUCGUCUUAUCGCACUGGUCUUCCGGACAACCCUUCUUAUAUACCAAAUUACUUUGUAGACUACGGUGAUGAAAUGAAUCUUUUUCAAAGAGCUAUCAGUACUGUCUCCUUGUUUACUAUGAAAGUGCUCUACUAUUAUUACUCGGAACUUCCCAGUCAGAGACUGGCUGAAGAAGUGUUCAAUGAGAAUUUACCAUCCUUGGACGAAGUGAAUCGACAAACAUCUUUGGUAUUAGUGAACAGCCACUUUGUAUUUUCACAAAGCCGACCGUUUCCACCUAAUGUGGUUGAAGUUGGAGGAAUACAUAUACGAGAUAUCCGGCCUUUACCGAAGGACGUAAAGGAGUUUCUGGACGGCGCCAAAGAUGGCGUGGUUCUAGUCAGUUUCGGUUCGCUCGUGAGGAUGGCUGCGCUGCCUCCUAGGGUCAUUCGCAUGUUUCUGGACGUGUUCUCUACUCUGCCACAGAGAUUUAUUCUCAAGUACGAAGACGAACUGCCGAGCACGCCGCCUAACGUCAUGAUUAAGAAAUGGGUCCCACAACUAGAUAUCACUGCCCAUCCCAAUGUUCGAGCAAUCAUCGCACACGGUGGGCUAGCCAGCACCACAGAAGCCGUGCACUUCGCCAAACCACUAGUACUCAUCCCAUUCUAUACUGAUCAGUAUCAGAACGCUAAUAAUAUAAUACGUCGUGGCGGUGGUAUCCUGCUAGACAUCUCUAAUCUGUCACAAAGAGACAUAUCUCAGGCUCUAACGACGGUGCUCAAUGAUGCCAGUUACACAAUGAACAUGAGACGACUGUCGCAAAAAUUCCGGGACCGACCGAUGACGCCGCUGCAGACAGCAGUGUACUGGACAGAGUACGUCAUCAGACACCAGGGGGCGCCACACUUGCGACCGGCAUCUGUCAAUCUUCCGUUAUACCAAUACUUGCUGCUUGACGUUAUCGCUAUUCUGACCAUAUCGUUAGCUGCAGUAUUUUGCAUAGUAUAUUAUAUUAUGAACUUGAUUUCUAAUUUCAACUGGAUCAUUUACAAACACAAAAUUUUUAAAAGUAAAAUUAAUUAAUUUGUAAUUGUAGCAUUUAGGCUACUGGUAGAUUUGUACCAAUAGCCCAUAGAUGGAUGGUUGGCCAAUUUAGAGUUCUCACAAUCUAGCAGAUGUCUAUUGACGGUUUAAUCUCCAUCAAGGCAUUUUAGGCAUUGAACUGAGAUAAAUCACGUAAAACACGAAUGGAGCCACUUAAAUAACGUUUGCGAAACUUUAUGAAAUUAUAAAUGUGAAUGAACUUCACCUCACUAUUUGUACAAAUCUUCUUUAAUUAAUAAUGAGAACAAUGUCCCUGCAAAACUAAAUCAUCCUUGGUUUAGUAGGUCAUAUGUGAAUUCUACUGGAACCGUUCUCUGAGAUCGGAGAGAAGAGACACUUUAUUUAGUAAGCAUUUUUGAGUUUAUAUAAAUAUCUGUGCAAAACUUCAUGUACAUGAACAAUAGUUUAUGUUCAAAAAUAAUGAUGAUGAGAUGGAACCUGUAGGUUAAAAAGGUGAUACGUUGUUUUAUUACGUGUCUAAUAUGACUAAAAUUAAUAAUGUUUCAAGAAAUGAAAUAAAACAGUUAAUCAGUAUAUAAGGAAUCUAUACACGUUAGUAGAAUAUUUUCAUGUAUAUUUCAUAGAAAUGAUUUCAAGCUAUUAAACAUUAAUUACCUAGCAACUACUAAUGUUUGAUGAAAAAUAACUUAACUGUUAAUGGUCCAUAGUGAGUUAGAAAUGGUUCAAAACGGGAAUUUCAUUACCUACAAUAGGGUUUAAAUUCUUAAUUGUUUUUGAAUAAUAGUUCCAAAUAAAAGAAUAAAAAUUCUUAGUUAGUCAAAAGACCAUUCAAAAAUGUAUUUAGAAAUGAAGUAUCGUUAUAUAUAUAUAUAUAUAUAUAUAUAUAUAUAUAUAUUUACUGUUUUAAUUU